AGAGAUAUGACGGAAUACGAUGAUCGCAGCAACUGUGCGUCAAAUAUGUAUUUACCGAGUUGUACUUAUUACGUUUCGACGCCUGAUUUUACAUCAGUCUCCUCCUUUUUACCGCAGACUACUUCUUGUCAGAUCAAUUUCCCCUAUUCUUCCAACAUAGCCCAAGUCCAACCUGUUCGAGAAGUCGCUUUCAGGGAUUAUGGACUGGAUCACCCCAGCAAAUGGCACUACAGGGGCAAUUACGCGUCGUACUACUCAGCGGACGAGCUAAUGCACCGGGACCUAAUCCAGUCCUCCAGCAGCAGGGCAGAUGUGAUUUUCAAAAACGAGUCCUUGUACGGCCACCACGGAGGAACGAGUUCGCCAUGCAAUUUCUUCACCAGUGUUGGCCGGAAUGGAGUUCUUCCUCAGGGCUUCGACCAGUUUUUUGAGACUCUUAACUCGGAGAAGCCCAACCCUGAGCUCCCCAAACAAAAGACAGACAACGCUGUCCCAGGAGAUGCUGCAAAUAACAAUCAGACUGCCACCAAACCAGAAGAGUCCAAACCAGACCCAACUGAGAGCGUCGACGAGGACUCAUCUUCCAACUGCGGCGACAAGAGUAACCAACAGAGUAGGUAUUUUCCCCCAACAAUACUGAGUUCAACCACAAGGUCCAGAAAGAAGAGGUGCCCCUAUUCCAAAUACCAGAUCCGAGAACUUGAACGAGAGUUUUUCUUCAAUGUUUAUAUUAACAAAGAGAAGCGACUUCAGCUCUCCAGGAUGUUAAAUCUGUCUGAUCGGCAGGUGAAGAUUUGGUUUCAAAAUAGAAGAAUGAAAGAGAAAAAGCUCAACCGCGACCGCCUACAGUAUUUUACUGGGAAUCCCUUAUUCUGA